AUGGUUCACUUUGUGCUUUCAGAUAUCUCUCAAAUGAUUCAAUUAAUUUGUAUAAUGAUUACGUUGAUACAAGAAACGUUUCUUAAUCACAGAUUACGCAAUGCUAACAAGUCAUCGAUUGGAAUAAUGAUCUUAUGUAUAUUAGCACGCGAAUUGAUUGCAGUUUACUUAAUCUGGACUCAUAAAGUAAUGAUUAAACAUGUCGCUUAUGCUUUCUUUAUCGGAAUUGUAUUCUUCAUUGGCUGUCAAGUAAAGUUCUGUGAGCGAAAGAAAGGACAAUGCCAAGUCGUAACAAAACGAUUAAAAUAUCUAUUGCCAAAAAUACCCCAUGAAUUCACACCUCAUCAUAUUCUACUCAUAAUUUGGCCUAUCAUUAAUGGAUUCGCUUACUACUAUUUAUUUGAACUUACUAAAUCUUAUAUGUGGAUUGCAAAAUUUAUUAUUGUUAGCAUUCCUGUGAUUACAGACUCAUUAAUAUUUAUCCCUGGAAUUGUUUCAAGUGUUCGAGUAAAAUGUACCAUGAAAUACAACCUGAUAUUCAUUGUGAUAGAAUUGAUUAGUUGUUCGUUUGGCAUCAUCACAGUUGGCCCACAGCCUAAGCUUGAUAUUGUCCCUUUGGUACCAUUCGUUGUUUUAAUUACAUUUCAACUAGUUCUGUUGAUAUUACCGUUCAAUGUUGUAUCGACUGAAAAUAUUCCGAAUAAUACAAUAUCGUUAAUACAACGAAAAGGUUUCAAUUGCUCUGAAACAGAAAUUUUUAUCGAAGAUGCUAGUGAUCAGCCAUAUAAAAUGUUAACACAAGGUUUAAGGCGGAUGUCUCGUUGUGUGGAAACUCGAAGGUCUAUUUGUGACAUCGACAGAAACAUUGAACAAGCAAUAGCUUCUGAUCAAAUGCCCACUUCUGGAGAACAGUACUUUAUUGACGAUAAAUUGAAGAGCAUCUUUUGCAAUGAAAUGUGUGCAUAUCACGUUGCUGCUGACGUUUCCAGCGCAUCCGUUGUCAGCUAUUGUCUUCGUCAAAUGGACAAUGACGAUCCAUUUUACAUUGCCGAUGUUUCGCAUUGUGCAAAACAAUAUUUCAAAUGGACAACAUCUUUACCGCGUGUUAAGCCCUUUUAUGCUAUUAAAUCAAAUGAAAAUAAUUUUAUUAUAAGAAUAAUAGAAAUAAUGGGUGGAGGAUUUGAUUGCGCAUCGAUUCGUGAAUUAGACACGGUUCUUUCAGUAUGUCCGGCUAUUGACUGCUCAAAGCGAAUAAUUUACUCUCACCCUUGCAAACAAAUUUCACAUAUAGAAUAUUUCAGAAAGAAAGGCGUACAACUGACUGUAGCUGAUAACCAAAAUGAACUGAUGAAACUAAAAACUCAUUGGCCAACUGCAAAGAUUUUAAUUCGCUUAAAAACAAAAGACAGCCAAUCUGUGAUCGCGCUUUCUUCAAAAUUUGGCGCAAAUCAACGUGUAGCUAUACAAAUGCUUGAAAUGGGCAAAGUAUUAAACUUAGAUAUAAUUGGAUGCACAUUUCAUGUUGGAACAGGAUGUUGUAAUACGGAUGCAUUUAUACAUACACUGAAAUUUGCCAGAGAAUUGUUUGACAUUGCAAAAAGUCGAAAGUACGGCCUCAAAUUCACAAUGCUCGAUAUUGGCGGUGGUUUUCCUGGUGAAAAUGAGCCAGGUAAACCAACUUUCGUAGAAAUGGCGCAAAUAGUACGACACGUAUUAGACCAAUUAUUUACUGAUGAUGAAGGUAUUCAAAUAAUAGCUGAACCUGGAAGAUACUUUUCUGCAUGUUUCAUGAAUCUAGUUACGACAAUAGUUGGCUGUCGAUUGAAUAAUAUCGAAUAUUCUGAUGACACACCAAUCAAUCCCAAUGAAGAACCAAAUACCGAUAUUAUUGGAAACGUCGAAAACUUCUACUAUAUCAAUGAUGGUAUAUAUGGUUCAUUGAGUAAUAUUAUAUUUGAAAAAGCAAAUUAUCGUAUUAGUUGUUUGCGCAGACAUAAACAAAACUCUAUGCUAGAUGAAGAAAAAGAAUAUAACUCAGCUGUGUUUGGACCAACAUGUGAUUCAACUGAUCGUUUAGCGACAUGUAUUAAAUUGCCACUCUUAGAAGUUGGGGAUUAUCUAUGGUUUCAUAAUGUUGGCGCGUAUUCAAGCUCGAUUGCAACCGAUUUUAACGGAUUCAAGACAACUAGAUAUUUUUAUAUUUGGAAAGAUUAA